CAACAACUCUCCAGACGUGAUAUUUCCCAAUAAGCCCUAAGAAAGGGUUGCCAAACUACCUGAUCAUGCCGCCACGCUUUGCAGCGUCGUCUUUACUCAAAUCUCUUUCAGGAUCUGCUCAUACUCAUUCUCCCUUGACAAUUGCACCUCGCCAGCCAUGCAAAACCACCCUUCGGGCUGGCUCAACCGAGGCCAGACAGAGGCGUAGACACGAUCCAUUUUUGAUGGCCCAGUCUCGCCAGCGCAAAGCUGCCAAUAUCUCCCGCCAACGCGAGCUUGAAGAACAGAGACAAUCCGCUCUCGGCGACGCUGUGAAAAGUGACCCAACACCGUUCAUCCAGGAUAUACAAGCGGUCCAGACAGGUCAAUCCUUUCAAAGUGACACGAGUAAACAAUCGUCGACGGGCGCAUUGAAUUACUUCGUCAAACCUGCAGAACUUGAAAAUGCCUUCGAAUACUCCAAAACCCUCACGGAGCCGCUACCUGCCGAAGACCAAAACCUCGUGGACCCAGCUAAGCUUGAGAAAGAACUCAAAGCACACCAGCAAGAUGAUAACAAUGCUCAAGAAGCGAUUCGACGUAUCAUGAAUCUUGCCAAUGGAAACACGCAAGAUCGUACCAGGGUGAAUAUUCAAAGUUGCAUUGAAACAUUCGGCCGACACAACACAGACCAAGUUCUCCCUCCCAAACCUGCGACUUCACUCUCAGAAGAUCAUCCAACCAAGACUCCUCGGGCUGGUCCUGACACCGGAUCCCCUGAAGUGCAAGUGGCUAUAUUGACUACCAAAAUUUUGAACUUGACUCGGCAUCUUGAAACCACCAACAAAGACAGGCAUAACAAAAGAAACCUACGAUUACUAGUACACAAAAGGCAAAAAUUGCUCCGCUAUCUGAGAAAGAAGGAACGUGGAGGGCCACGUUGGCAGAAUCUUAUGGCGUCACUCGGUCUUUCAGACGCUGCUUGGAAGAAUGAAAUCAGCAUGUAACAUAUGCAUAACAGAGUCUGAUACAAGGUCUGUGUAUCAACUAUUAAGGGGCUUGAAGACUUGGGUCACAUUCUUAUUAUUACGGAUUUCUUAGUCUCCGUGUAUACUUCAUUUGUCACAUUUCCUUAGCCUGAUCUUAAUAACAAUGUACAAAUAGCCACCAUAUCAAUGAUGAAAAUCCAUCAUUUAUUUCCUAAGGUCUUUCAACUGAGCAGUGUCCUCUUUUAUUUUAGUCCAUCCUGUGCACUGUUGCCUACCCUCGACAAACUCAUGGUCGAAGUCAACCUGGAUCGAGGUUCAGCACACCCUAUUAUUUCAUGAUAUACUAAUUUGAGAAGACGCA